CCGGUGCCUAACCCCGCCGGGGGCCGAUGUGGCUGGUGCUGCUGCCGCUGCUGGCGCUGGGCUGGGCCCAGGGGGCGGGCGCUCUCUCCACCUGCCAGGUGCUGAACCCGGAGAUGUACCGGAGCCGGCGCCUGGAGGCCAUCCGCGGCCAGAUCCUCAGCAAGCUGCAGCUGUCCGAGGCGCCCGACCUCGACGACCUGCCGGACGACGUGCCGCUGGAGGUGGCGCUCCUGUACAACAGCACCCGCGACCAGCUGAGGGAGGACGCCCGGCGCCGGGCCGUGCUGUGCCAGGCCACGUCCAGCGUGCAGUACUACGCGCAGCAGAUGUACCGGAUGGACAUGGUGCCCGCCAGCUUCCAAGAGAACAUGAUCUCCACCAGCCUUUACAACCCGUACUUCCGCCUGGUGAACUUUGACCUGGCGAUCCUGGAGCGGAACGUCUCCCAGCUGGCGAAGGCGCAAUUCCGCCUCUUCCGGAUCCGACACCAGAAGGCCAAGGUGGCGGAGCAGAGGAUUGAGGUGUACCAGGUACUGAAGGGCCGCGACCCCGCCUCGCCGGCCCACAGGUACGUCGAGAGCCGGGUGGUGCGGCCGAGGGCGGCCGGCGAGUGGCUGUCCUUCGAUGUCACCGAGACCGUCAGUGAGUGGCUGCUGCACCGAGACAGGAACCAGGGUCUGAAGAUCAGCGUCCACUGUCCCUGCUGCACCUUCAUCACCUCCUCCAACAACAUCGUCCCCAACAGGACCGAGGAGCUGGAGGCUCGCUUCGCCGGAAUCGAUGACGACCUGUACCGGGAGUACUCGAACGAGAGGCUGGAGGAGCUCGCCGCCCUCAGGACCCCUCACCUGCUCUUCACCCUCCUGCAGCCGCCCCGGUCCAGCCCCAGCUCCAACCAGCUGCGCCGGAAGCGGGCGACCGACGGACACUCCUGCUCCAAGACCGUGGAGGAGGAGUGCUGCCUGCACCAGCUCUACGUGGACUUCCGCCGCGACCUGGACUGGAAGUGGAUCCGCGAGCCUAGGGGCUACAAGGCCAACUUCUGCGGCGGGCCCUGCCCGUACUUCUGGAGUACGGACAUCCUAUAUGGCAAGAUUCUGAACCUCUACAGCUUCCGGAACCCCGAAGCCUCCGCCGCUCCCUGCUGCGUGGCCAGCGACCUGGACUCCCUCGCUGUCAUGUACUACGUGGGCCGGAACCCCAAGGUCGCCAAGCUGUCCGACAUGGCGGUGCAGUCGUGCAAGUGCAGAUAGGACGGGAUGGGGUCGGCGGGGGACCCUGCCUGACUUGCCUCCCCCACCCUCCAUUGGUUACCCCAUACGUCCAUCACGCUGCGCCCACCAACGGGAAGCCUCACACGACCUCAGACGGGCAACUGGCCGAUCAAGACCACCCGUCCCCUAUCCCCGACCCUCCCUCUCCACUUGUUUCCUGAACUUAAUGCUGGUGGAGAUCGUUCGGCCCAUCGCCUGUGUGCCUUCAAAAUGAAACGUUGCUUAUUGCCUUUUUAUAACCUCUUCCCAGGGUUGUUUGUUUUUUUUUUGGGAUACUUUGGGGCUGGGGUUUUCAGAGCAAGCCCAGGAAUGGGAUUGGAGGGGUAGUGUCAGGUCAGGGAGGGUGACCCUACCCACCGACAAAACCCUCCCUGGCGAUCAGUCUCCUUGGGAUGGGGUCAAGCUAACC